UACUGUAAGUACUGUGCUGUGUUCGGUCUACUGUGGUUCAUAGUAUGGAGAAUACACAAAGUUGUAGCAUUUUAUUUUUUAAUGGAAUUAUUUAUUGUUAUUUCAUAUUAUCACUAUUUAAAUUUGAUUCACACAGACAUUAAGACGUAAUAAGCUACUGAAAAAAUGUGCAUUUGUCUCCAUUGAAAAGAAUAUAUUUUUUAUUAUAAAUAAAUCCGUGAAAGUUCAUUUACUUAUGCAUUGAAAAUUGCAUUAUGCUUCAAAUUUGCUGAGUUUGCACGAUGUCAAAACAAUAAGAAUACACUAUUCUUUGGUUCAAUUCUAUAAUGUCUGAAAUAUUACGUUAUUGGAAAUAUAAUAUCAUAUUUAUGGUAUUAGUUUGUUCAACAAGUGGUGAAUCCCUUGCACUGCGACAAUGUGAACCAAUCCGUAUUAUUAUGUGUCGUGGCAUUGGUUAUAACGAAACUUCCAUGCCUAAUUUAGUUGGCAAUGAACUGCAGUCUGACGUAGAAUAUACUUUGCAAACCUUUGCUCCUCUUAUUGAGUAUGUAUGCAGUACUCAACUGAAAUUGUUUUUAUGUGCUGCUUACGUACCUUUAUGCACGCCGAAAGUCCCUCUUCCUAUUGGACCGUGCAGAAGCUUAUGCGAAAGCGUUAGAAUGCGUUGUCACCCUGUUUUACAAGGAUUUGGUUUUCCUUGGCCACCAGCACUAGACUGUAACAGAUUCCCAAAAGAAAAUAAUCAUGAAACAAUGUGUAUAGAGGGACCAGGAGAGACGCAAAUACAUGGAAGAGAUAAAGAAAUUUUUGCAGGAGCGGUAAUAAAUAAAGUGCAUUCUUCAUCCGCGGUAUUGGAAUGUCCUGGCCUAUCAAAAUCGCAUAUGUAUGUAAAACUAUACCGGUAUGGAAGGUGUGCUCCUUUAUGCGAAGCUGACAUAUUAUUUGGUCAACAUGAUAAACAUUUGGCAGAACUAUGGGUUGCCACAUGGACAUAUGCCGAAGUUUUUAUGGCAUUGAUUGCAAUAUUGUGUCUUAUUUUAAAUCAUAAUUCCAAAAGAAAUUACAAUCAGAAAUGGAUAAACGUUCUUACUCCCUUUGUAUGGUGCCAUUUCAUGGUUGCUUUAGGUUGGACUGUUCGUUUUAUAGUGGGUAGAACGGCAGCAUCGUGUGGUUAUGAUCCGCAACUUCCUAAUGUUCUUCUUUUACUUGUUGACGGACUUUCAAAUGCUUCCUGUGCAACAACAUUUUUGCUUCGAUACUAUUUUUUUAUGUCUUCUUGUGCUUGGUGGGCAAUACUUUGUCUUACAUGGCAUCGGGAUGUGCGUCGUAUCAACCCAGAAGAUUUGAUGUGUUUAUCAGUUGAAACAUCCGGUACAUAUACUGACGUGAAUCAAUGUGAAAUCAGGAGAAGGCGUCAAACAAAUAGUGAUAAACGAAAUGCAAACUUGACUAUAAUGCAAAGCAAUUUGGCAAAUUUUAUAGCCUGGGGACUUCCAGCAUUUCAGACUGCAGUAGUAAUAGUAGCGAGACUUGUGGAUGCUGAUGAACUAAUAGGUGCUUGUUUCGUUGGAAAUCAGUCAGAUAGAGCUCUGCAAAUAUUGGUAGCAACACCACUGUUUUGCUAUUGGAUUUUCGGCUCCAUGAACCUUGGUUCGGGUUAUUUAGUAUAUCGUCGCUAUAAGACUUUAUUGAAAAAUCCGCUAACACCCAUGUUGAAGCAACAACUAGAGGCUAAGUGUCCAAGCUACGAUUUUGGAAUGUUCUUGUUCAUAUAUUCUAUUCCAUGUGCUUUUAUUUUGGUCUCUGUGAUCUACGAAUUUGUCAACAUCGAUAUUUGGCUUAAUGUACCACCUUAUUUUGUCGCAACCGAGGGUUUUACAACACCAAUGUGGUCGUUCAUGACUAAAGCACUUAUGGAAAUAACGUUGGGAAUUAUAUGUUUUGCAUGGGUUAUAGGACCUAAAAUAUCUGUAUUGUAUAAGCAACAUUUAGAGCUUCGAAAUUCCAAUGGAAAUAAUCGAAAUAAGAAUUACAUUUGCAGUGCAGUAUCUUAUCAAAGUGUGCGACCUCCGGGAAAUGUAUAUUCACAACAGCGUGUUCCAGGUAGUAUUUCAAUGAACCAAUUAUCGAAAUACUCCCACAAUAAAAUUGUUACACAAAAUAACCAACAUUUCAAGCCCUUGCAUAAAAAUCGCUAUCCUAUAAGACCACAUAAAAUGUAUCUGGAAUGCCGUGGAGACGAAACUAUACUAUAAAUAUUUUUAAUCAACUUGCCUCAAACUGUGUAACCAUAAGACUGUGAUAGACGUAACAGUAUAAAACCUUUUUAAUUUCUGGUUAAAGGGAACAAUUUAGAUUAUAUUGCAUUAUUGCUUAGAAAAACACGUACUUACUUUAUCAUUUCUUUUAAAAAGUGCCAUUAAUUUUAAUUCAAAUUGUAUUCUUAUAAAUUGAUUGUAUUGCUGCAUAAAGUAGAUUUUAAGAUAUAAGAUGUUGACUUAAUACCUGCCUUGCCAACGCAGUACAUGCAAGUCUUUGUCUAAAGCAACGACUAUAAAGUUUAUAUGUAACAAAAUCACGCAACUUUAACUUUUACAGAAAUAUAUAAAUAUUUAACUGUCUAUUUAUAAUAUUUGUAUGUGCCUAAAUUAAUCAAUUUAUGAUUAAAUAAAGAAAUCAAAAAUUCAA